AGGAGAAAAUAAAUUUACCCCAACAAACUACACCAAACGGCGACCACCAUGACGGAUUUGAUCGAUUUGCGCAUGCAUCAGCACAUUGCGCACGAAAUCUACCGUCAGCAAAUGUUGCAACGGAUACCAGAUCCGUUCCCAACGAUGCUGCCGGUUCCGGUGCCGCCGAUGCAUGCGAUGGCGCUGCCACCCCGCUACUCGCUGCCCGGCGUCGAGCUGAAGCUGCAGAACAAGGAGCUGUGGCGAGAGUUUCACAAGAUCGGCACCGAGAUGAUCAUCACCAAAAGUGGACGACGAAUGUUUCCCUCGAUGCGGCUGACGGUGGACGGGCUGGAUGCGGACACAAAUUACUGCGUGCUGCUCGAAAUGAUGCCCAUUAGCGACUGUCGGUUCAAGUUCAGCGGCUCCCAGUGGGUGCCGGCGGGCGGGGCCGAACCCCAAAGCCCCCAGCGGUUCUGUCUCCAUCCGGACAGCCCGGCGCUCGGCACGCACUGGGCCUCCCAGCCGAUCGUCUUCAACAAGGUGAAGCUUACGAACAACACGCUCGACAACAAUGGUCACGUCGUACUAACCAGCAUGCACAAGUACCAGCCAAGAAUUCACAUCAUCCGCACGUCCGAUCCGUCCCAGAUUCCUUGGGCGGCCCAGCAAGCGUUUGUGUUCCCGGAAACGGAGUUCGUUGCCGUCACGGCCUACCAGAACGAUCGCAUCACGAAGCUGAAGAUCGAUAACAACCCGUUCGCCAAAGGGUUCCGUGAGACGGGCCAGUCGCGCUGCAAGCGAAAGAUGGGCUGCAACAACACCUCCUCCUCGUCCUCCUCCUCUUCGUCCUCGGGCACUGGUGGCGGUGGCGGUGGGGCAGGAGGCGACAGCGGAGGCGGUGGGCAGUUGACAGACGACGAGGAUCGCCACGACCUGCACGACCUGAUCAAGCGGCCAAGAUCAAACGGUUCGCCGGCGUCCGACUGUACCGUGCACGAGGGUGCCGGACCACCGAUGCAUCAUCCCCGGCUGCACCAUUCCGCCGGGCUGCGGCCGUUUCCCGCCUCUCCCGAGCUACUGAUGCGUCAGUACAAUCAGAUGUUUAACCCGAGCUGGAUGGAUCUGAUGCUGCCAUACUUUGCCCGCCACCACCAUCAACCGUACCCACCGCAUCCGCAUCCUCAUCAGGCGCACCAUCCGCAACACCAUCACCACCAUCACCAUCCGCACCAUGCGCAACCUCCGGGACCUGGGUUUGGCGGACCGGUAGGGGUCCCGAUGGGUCCCGGGUCACUGCUGUCGCCCGCCGGUAGUCAAAUUCCGGCCCCGAUCAUAUCGCCCGCCCACUCCAACCCGGACUCGACCGAUCACGAUCGUUCGUCGGCAUUCAGCGUGCAGACACCGCAGACUAGCGGCAGUGAUUGUGACGCGAGCGAACGUACCCAACGUCCGGACAGUCCGGAAGGGUCCCCGAAGCCAACGGUUCUGCGACCGGCCGCCAUCAGAGUCGCCGCUCAAGGAUCGAGCCCUACGGAAGCGGUGCCGCAUCAUCACCGGCUGGAUCCGGCCGGCGAUCCAACCGACCCGAAUGGAGAUCCAGAGCGGAAAAUCAACUUCAGCAUUGCCUCCAUUCUACUCCUAUAGCGGGGAAGGGGAGAUAGAGUACAACUCUCCAAGUGGAACCAAGUGCCUUACUAUAGCUGCGAGUCUCCUGCAAAAAUACUCGUGAUACUCGUUUAGGAUCUCGCAAACGACUCCUCGUGCAAAAAGUGUACUCGUAGUCCUCCCACUGUGUUGGUAGACGUAUAAGAUAGCUAAAUAAAUUUGCUACAAAAUAGAGCAGAUGAGAUGAGCCUA